GCAACACCCUGUUUGACAGGGUUUUUCACAAACUGACAGAAAAGCACCAUAAAGAAAAACUGUAUUUUUCAGUAUUUGAAAGAGCAAAAAAGGCAUAACCAUGCAACUCUUGAGAGCACUAGGAGUCUUCCAUGUAAGCAUGAUCUUAUUUAGUGCCACCCUGGGGACAGGGAUUUUUGUGACUCCUAAAGCAGUAUUAAAAUACUCCUCACUAAAUAUCCCUGUCUCCUUAAGUAUUUGGGCAGGCUGCGGCCUGCUGAGCAUCAUGAGUGCGCUCUGUAAUGCAGAGAUAGCAACCACCUACCCUUUGAGUGGAGCAUCUUAUUAUUUCCUCAAGAGAACUCUUGGAUCCUCUGUUGCUUUUCUCAGUCUCUGGAUUAAACUUUUUGCUCACUUUCUAGGCAUUGGUGCUCAGUGCUUGCUAAUAGCUACUUCUGUAAUCCAGUGUUUCUAUUCUGGGUGCCCAGCUCCAGAGCUACCAACGAAAUGUCUGGCUUUGGCUAUUUUGUGGUCAUUUGGAAUUGUCAGUGCUCGAGGGAUAAAAACAGUGGCUUGGUUUAAUACUGUCAGCAGUUUCAUCAAGUUGAGUGUCCUUUGUCUCAUUUCUCUAACUGUGCUGUUAGUGAAUGGCAAAAAGGAGAAUGUGUCCAGGUUUGAGAAUGCUUUGGAUGCUGAACUUCCUAAUGCCUCACAGAUCGCAGAUGCCAUUCUCCAAGUGUCCUACUCAUAUCUAGGAUCAUCAGUCCUCAUCGUCAUAGCAGGAGAAAUAAAACGGCCAACUGAAACAAUUCCAAAAACACUAAUUUAUGGUAUAUCCAUUGUGACUGUGUUAUACUUACUGACUAAUAUAUCAUACUUGGCAGUUUUGACAUCCCAGGAAAUCAUCUUUUCAGAUUCUGUUGGUGUCACAUGGAUGAACAGAGUCUUUCCUUCCAUACAAUGGAUAAGUUCAUUCUUGAUCUCAGCUUUCCUACUUGGCUCCGUUUCUUGUGGAAUAGUUUCUGCAUCAAGAGUAUUCUACUCUGCAAGUCAAGAGGGAGAAUUUCCUUCUAUCUACUCAAUGCUUAAUGAUCAUCACUCACCAGCUGUAGCUGACAUCCAGAUUGUUAUUUUAUCUUCUGUUGCAAUAAUAUCUUCAAGUAUCAUCUAUUUAGUGAAAUAUGUUAGUCUAGGAUCAUUUUGUAUAAAUUUGCUGCAAAUGAUCGGGUUGCUUAAGAUAAGGUACCAGAACCCUGAUAUACCAAGACCUUAUAAGGUGUGGCUGCCAUUUAUAUUUGGAUCUAUAGCUUUAUCACUUUUCCUCAUUUUCACACCAGUGAUUCAGUCUCCUAGUAUAGAGCAUGUCUAUCAAGUUGUGUUUCUUUUUUGUGGGUUUCUGUGUUAUUGGCUUCAAGCUAACCUUAAUGGACAUGCUACUUGUUUUGACACAAUCACUUGCUACUGCCAAUUACUUUUCAAUAUCUCCCCAUCUGAAGAUCCAGAAGAACAGAAAAAUUAAUUCCUUCUCCAAAUCCUGACUAAAGAAGUAUAUUUGAAAAGAAAGAAGCAAAACUAUUUUUAAAUGAGCAAAAUUUUAUUGCAAUUUUAUUUUUAGAUAUAUAUGCUUUAACAUGCUUGCUCACAUUAUUCCCACCCAAAAAAAAAAUGUUGCAAAUUUUCAAUUCCACCUCAUAAACAUCUUUAUUCUAUGAAUAAUUAGUAGAAAUAAGAUUAAAGGUAAAAAACACAAA